CCCACACUUGGCGAAGUUGCAGAGUAGAAGUCUCUCCUCGCCACCACCGCGAACAUGGAGAAGAAGAAGAAGAAGCAAACCGCUCAACGAAACCCUAACACUUCUUCGCCACAGAAGACGAAGAUGAACUUCGGAACCAGUGGCCUCCAGAUAAGCGAAGACGAAGCCUCCCACUUGGUCGGUCGUAUUGUGGAGAAAGGAAUUUCAGAUGAACCACCAACCAAACCCUACUUACCUCCUAAUCCCACCGUUCUCCCUUUCCCCGUCGCUCGCCAUCGCUCUCACGGCCCGCAUUGGGCUCCAGUUGGUAGUAAAGCGAGUGCUGGUUAUGGUGAUGAUCGUGAUGAGGAUGGUGGGUUAAGUGACGAAGAUGAUAGAGCUUUCAUGGACGUUGAUCCAAUAGCGCCUUUUGCUAAUCCUGUAGAGAGGAGGAAGAAGAAAGGCGUGGAUUUUAGCAACUGGAGAGAGCUUGUAGCUGGUGAGAAGUCAGCCAUGGCUGAGAAAUUGGAAGGAAAUGUGAUACGCUCCUCAGCAAAAACUGAAAAACGAGAGAAAGAUAGACAACCAAUUGAAACCGUGAGUGAGAGUGAAGAUAGUGAGGCUAGUUCUUUUGCAAAGAUGGAGUUAGAUUACUCAAAUAAUGACCAUUUGUUGGAGAUAUUAAAGAAAAGGGAGACAAACUAUUCAGCUUCAACUGUGGUUUCCCCCGGAACUGAUUCAGGUCACAAGCAAGAAACCAUGUCGCUUGAGAGUGAGAUUGACGCUGAAAAUCGAGCGCGAUUACAGGGAAUGUUGGCUGAGGAGAUUGCAGAGGCACAAGCUGAGAUAAUGGAGAAGAUGGACCCUGCAUUGCUGAGGCUACUUAAGAAGAGGGGUCAAGAAAAAUUGGAGAAGCAAAAAUCCCUGGCUCGGAUGUUAUCGCCAAUGCCGAAGGCGAUAAUGGACGGAAUGAGAAUGUAAAGGACAUGAAAGAUUUGUCUGUCUCUAAGAGUAAGGUGACUCAUACGGAGACAAAAAUGACCUCAAAGGAAAUAAAGAGUGGACUUGACAAUGGUGAGGCACGGAAUCCAAGCCCAGCUAGUGGCAGUUUGUGGAGUACUUGGAGCGAGAGAGUCGAGGGUGUUAGAGGACUAAGAUUUUCCUUGGACGGGACUAUUGUUGAGAAUGAUCUUGUCCAAGUA